AAUUAUUGCUUUCCAUACUAAAUCCAAUGCAUAACAGUAAAAGGAAACCGUUCACGUGCAUUCCGUUCCUUCCUCCUUUCCUACCACCGUCUUCACUCUUUCAGUCCCCACUUUCUCCCAUCUUCUACAUCUACUAUUACUCCGUUAUCUUCAAUAAUAUCUUUUUUUUUUCUCUUUUCCAAUUAUCUUCAUCUUUUUUUGGGUUAUGAGAUAAGAUCUUGACAUAAUCUAUGGGUGAAUCAUUGGUGGAGACUCCAAAACUUGAAAACAAGAUGGGUGACUCUGUAACACAUGUUCCCUGUCUUCAAGAAUCAGUGUCAUUUGGUAGAUUUGAACAUGAUUCUCUUUGUUGGGAGAGAUGGUCGACUUUCCCAACAAAUAAGUACUUGGAAGAAGUUGAGAAGUGUUCUACACCCGGAUCAGUAGCUCAAAAGAAGGCCUAUUUUGAAGCUCAUUACAAAAAGAUUGCUGCUCGGAAAAUCGAGAUGAUGGAAGAGGAAAAGAAGAGGGAAGCUGAAUCAAUGAAUUUCGAAGAUCGGACUCUUAUGGAUUCAGUUUAUGAAGCAACAGAGGAAGAUUUGGAUGUUGAGAAAACGAGCACUCAAAACUCUGCUGAUGAGUUGGUGAAUGAAGUUAGCACUUACUCUAGUGAAGUGACUGAUAAGCAUGUCGACGUUUUGAGCAAUAAUGCUGAGAUUGUUAUUGAAGAAAACGAAGUCGAAAAUCUCGAUAUAGAGGUGAUUGAGCACAUUGAUGCUCAGUGUGAUGUCGUUGGUGAAGUAAAGGAAGGGGAAGAUUUCACAUGUGAAGUAAGUAAGCAUGUUGAUCUAAUGGACGAUGAGGCUGUGAAAAAGGAUAUUGAUGAAAUGAUUAGUGAUGUUGAGAAGAUCAAAGAAAACGGGAAUAUACAGUGCAAAUCGGAGGAUCAUAUCGAAGAUUCGUGUUUAAAUAUAGGAGUUCCUGAAGUACCCGAUGAACCUGUUUUGGUGAAAGAAGAUACUGCAUCUGCGCGAGUAUGGCAAGAUAAGGAGGUAUUGCCUGAAGAAAAAGCUGAAGAAAAGAUGCUUGCUGAUAGAAAACCGAAAACACGAACGGAGUCGAUUGAUGCUAUGAAACAGAAGAAACCAUUGGUUAAGAAGCCAACCUAUACAACACACGCUAAGAAAAAACCAGCAUCACCAAUCACCAAAACACUGGCUGUACCAAUGCCAAAAUCCCCGAUGAUAUCAACUCCUAAGCCGUCAAAGCCUGAUAUGACAAAAUUGGCGAAGUCUACCACACGCUCUGCAGUUAAGGAUAGUGGUUACACACCGUUAAUAAGCAAGAAAGCAGCUACACCUGAAAGCAAGAGAGUAUUUCCUACAUCCUUACAUAUGUCUCUCAGCUAUGGACCAACUAAUUCUGAUCCUACGACUAGAAAGUCAUUGAUCAUGGAGAGCAUGGGAGAUAAAGAUAUUGUAAAACGAGCAUUUAAGGCAUUUCAAAAUGUUCGUGUUCCACCAUCUAGUUUAACAACAAAUCAGUCUGCCACUAAAAGGGUUGAACCAAAGGUUUCUACUCCAGACACCGAUCAGAAGAAAAAGGAAGGGAUUAUCAAGGCAACGAAGGCAGCAAGCCCAAUUACUGGUCAAAAAGGAGUGAAAAAGACGUCACAAUCACUUGGAUUAAAGAAAAGCAUUGGUGUGGAUCAAAAAUAUGGUAAUGUUGUACCUCCAACUUUUGGCUCAAGAAGUCUUGAUCAUGGAAGGCCACAGAAAGAGAUUCCGAAGAAGAUAGGGCAAAAGGCCAACAUGAAAGAUACUGGGAAGCCCCUGUCCAAAUUGAAGACUGAGAAAGCAGCAGAAAUAGGAAAACCGAGUCAGAAAAUCAAUUCUAAGCCCAAUCUAUCUUCCAGCUAUAACCAAGGACGUGGAUUCUUGAGAGGUGUUGUACGUAAGGAAGAUGCCAAGAUUUAAGAUUCCGGGUGAUUUGAGUGAUUUCGUAAUCAGAUUGUUGUGAUCGUGGCUUGGGAAAAGUCUCAAACUUACAGUCAGUUGGUGUAUUACACAGAUGGAAUCAUGUACGGAAGAAGUAAAUAGGUUUGUCAUUGAGAAAGUUAGAUGUAAAAAUGAGCAGUUUGCAAAGGUUUAGUAAUAUGUGGCCUGAACUCUUCAAAAAUAAUGUGGCCUGGAAAACUGAAGGGCAAAAGUUGUACAUCUUAAUUUUAGUUUCAAGGUAUACAUAUAGAUUACUGUAUUACUGUUGACUGUCCUUUUUCUAAAAACAUCAUGUUUGGGAUAUCUUGGCUGGGAAGAAUAAUUUAGUGGUUUUACAUUAAUGUUUAUUUACCACCGGCCCGUUGUUAGCCCGUGUAGUUUUACACUUGCUAAUAAAGUUUCUUGGCCAGUUAUAGUCUAACAAGAAUGUUUCUGGAAACAUGUA